GAUGCGCCAGAGACGCGCAUGGACAUCGUCUUCGCCACCACAGGAGCUCGCGCAACGGCUCCAAGGGUGGUCCUGGACGUCGGUCCCGGCUCAAAGCUCAAGGUCCUGGAGACACACCUGAGCCUGUCUGAGUCGGAUGAAGCAUUGUCCAAUGGUUUGUGCCGUGUUGUGGCCGGUGAGGGAGCGGAGGUGCGCCAUGAGGUUAUCCAGCAGAAAGCCGAUGGAGCUCGAUGGGUGCAGUCCGUGAUGGCAGAGGUUGCGGAGGGCGCGUCGUACAGCCUCCGAUCUGUGCAGAGUGGCUCUCGCGCGGCACGGCUGAACGCCGCAGUGGCCUUGGCUGGUGAGAAGUCGUUCGGGGAGCUUACUGGCGUGAUGCUCGCGGACACAAAGCAGCAGCUGGACCUGCACUCCCUGAUCCACCACUCGGUGCCCUUUUGCAGGAGCAAGCAGCAGCACAAGAAUCUUGUUGGAGGAUCAGCAGAAUGCAUCUUCAAAGGGACCAUCCGCGUAGACGCGGAGGCGCAGCAAACGGAAAGCUCGCAGCUGGUGAGGUCCUUGCUGCUGACAAAGAAGUCGAAGGUGAAGGCCAUGCCUUCUCUUCAGAUUCAGGCAGAUGACGUCACCUGUUCCCAUGGCGCCGCGCUGACGCAGCUGGACAAGGAUGAGCUCUUCUACCUGGCUUCCCGUGGCUUGGACGGCCGCGAUGCACGCAG